AUGGUGCGAAAGAAAGGUGUGCGUCGCAGGGAUCCUAAAACGAAUCUAUCGAUUCAGUGGGGCGGCGCGUACGCGUGACGGCCCGCCUCGUGAUGUUACCCACAGGCUUUCUCUUGAAUUCGUCACCUCAGCCCCCUUUUUUUGUCUCAUUCCCUCGUUUGGUCUCCUGACUUGUGGUUCGGUUUCUUCCUCUCCAUACUCAUCUGGGCCCUUGCCAACAACACUCUUGUUUGUUCAGUUUGUAAAUAGUUUGUUUAUAAAAUGGAAACUUUUCCCAUCUUUUGAUCGUGACGCGUUUCCUUCUCCUUGUAAGCUUCUGUAGUAAGCAUUAAGUUUUGAUUAUCAAAAUUUUUCUUUUUAAACAGUAAUGUUCUAUUAUAGCGCGUUCAAAGAGCACGCAAAAGUGUUUCAAAAUCAAAUGUUGUGCUCAUUGAACGUGCAAAAUGUUCCGAAGAACUACAAUUUCAGAGAAUAUAUUUUUUUUUAUGUUCAAAAAGUGUAGUGAUGUUUCAAUUUGAGCAUUAUUGAUGAUGCGAAAUGAGAAAAGAUAGUCACUAAAGAAGUUUGAAAAUAUCGCUUCCAAGGAACAAAUUAAUUUUUCAUUGUCAAAGGUUGUCUACAUUGAACGUUCAAAGGUGUCCAAAACUGUUUUUUUCUCAAGUUCAAAGCUAUUUUGUUUCAAAAAAAUUUUUUUAUUCUGCUUCUUUCGCAUUUCACAUCCAACAGUUACACACUUGUAUUUUGAAGAUUUUCCGCGUUCGUCAAUAAUUUUCAUCAUAUAUUUGUCAAAUAUCUGUUUAAAAAAAAAUUUCCCUUUGUGUCUGCCUUUGAAAGUGCGGGAAUCUAUUUCAGUGCUCUGUAAAAUCUACAUUUUGAACUUAUCCGUGCUCGAUUUUCCAGUAAUCGCGCUUCGUUUAUCAAAUCAUCAGAUCAUUAAUAUUUUUAAUUUCAGCAAUAUCUUUUUUGCAAAAAACCUCUUCGGUUUGCGCCCCCUUAACCGCAGCCGACACGUAGAAGCUAAAUAGCAUCUUUAUCUAUCUUAACUUUGUAAGUUUUCUCAUUUUUCUUUUUGAAACGAGUCAUCUUCCUUUUUGCAGUUCGUAAUGAAUUCCCAAAGCCCCAGCCGUCUCCCGACGUUGCCCAGUACGCCGACGUCAUCCAGGCAUUCCCAGGUGAGGAUUUAAAGGCGCAGCAAUCGAAUUGGCCUAAAAUUUGGAGAAUCAAAUUUAAAACUUUUGAAAAUUUCCCUUAAUCAGAGCGGAAAGAGCUUUUAACUCAAUUGAAGAUUCAUGAAAUGAAUUUUUCUUAUUUAAAGAAGUACGAAUCAAGUUUGGAUUAAAAUACGUUUAAAAAUACUUCGGUUCGAGUAAUUUUUUCUGCUCCUUUGAUUGACAAAAUGGAUAAGCUGCUGUUGUUUUUUUCGAUAAAAAAAAAUAAUUAGGGGUACCUUUUUUAUGCCGUGUUCAAAGUAAUUUCCGCGAAAUGCAAAAUGAUCUCUGACUCUCCAAAAUUUAGUGAUCUUUUCCUUUCUCUAACGGGUAUUUUGCACUUCGCGGAAAUUACUUUGAACACGGCAUUAAAGAAAAAAUUGAAAAAAGCUCUUAAAAAUUAAAGAAAAAACGUUAAAAAAAGGCAAGGCCUUUCCAGAUGAAUUUUUUGAUUGGCCAGUUGAAAAUGAACGGUUUCCUGGUUGUUAGUUCAUUUCACUAUAAACAUGGUAAAAAUAAACAAAUUUUUCAAUCGCAAGCAUGUUCUGUCACCAAAGUUCAUGCGAAAAAAUGAGAUUCCUCUUCAAAUCCUAGCUUGGGAGUGGAAUAUGAAUCGUUCAACCGAAAAGCUCAUUCCUAACCGCCGAUUUGAUAUUUUCAUCGAGGGAAUCCCGUUCAUUUCAAUAGUUUGAAUUUUAAGGCGCGCACCCCGCGCACACGAGCCACCGCCGCCGCUCAAAGGAAGUCGCAGUCUUCGAGUCCCUCGGCCAUUUGCUACGCGAGUUCGCAAUUUUGUCAUUCGCCCUCCGCGAAUACGAUUCCGUUGCCGCCCACGAAAUGGUUGUCCGAGGUUGCUUUUCGAGAACUUUUCUUUUUUUUUUAAAUCGUUCACACAUAAGAUUCCCUUCUCGAAAGCUGGUUUAAAGCUUUUUUUAGUUAAAUUCGUAAUUCAAAAAUAAUUUUAAGCAAAAAAAGAAAAACAUGGAAUUAAAAAGCGAAAAACAAACUCUUGAAAUCUUCUUCAAAAUUUUUUUUGGCGAUGACUCGAAAGACGGACAUUGUAGAAAAAUCGAGGGUUUGAAUUCUAAAUUUCUAAUAAAAAGUUAUCAAUGAAAUUGAUCAUCUUCAGCUCAAAAUUUUGUUCAAAAUGAGCUCAUGAUAAUGUUUUGAAGGUCUCCCGAUCGCCGAGCUUCGAAGAAAGGUACCCGUCAUUGAGCAGCUCGCCGUCGCCCAGUCUUCUGAAAGAGGAGCAACAAGAAAAAGAACACGUCGUCGGAAUCCGUGUCUGUCCUCUGCAGCUCAUCGCCGCCGUUGCCUCCUCAUAA